UUGGAUCCUUUGAGAGUGUAAGCUCUUCAAAUAUUUUCAAAAGGGACGAUGCUGCCAAUAAUACCGACACUAAUGGCUCCGACAACUCCGACAUAAAAAAAUUGUGCGAAGGUUUUAAAUUCGACAACGCAUUUGUUCAAGUCAAAAAUGGAGAGACUAUAACAGUGACAUGGUCAAAAGGAGCAUCCAAAGUAUGGACUGGUGACAUUAAGUAUACCGAAAGCUUAACCGCCGUAUCGGCACAGGUUAAGUUUGAAGCUCCACCUGGUGCCAAAUUACCUCAAAGUAUUUUAUUACGUACUUGGGGUUUAACCAGCGAAGGUCCACAUUGUACUUGUUACACUCCAAUAAAUACAUCUCUAAGACCAUGA